UUCCUUCUUCGCAAAUUGGCUUCCGAGAGCAUUGAGGAGGGGAUGAAGCUUGGUAUUAUAGGAGCAACUUUGUAAAAUUUAAACAUUGUACGCUGGUCGCGCCAACGACAAUUUUGGAUUUUGAAUUUCGGAAUGGGUAUCGGUAAACGAUGUUAUUUUUGUGUGAUACUGGUGAUCAUUCUUCCGGACCUCAAUGCUGCAUUUGAUGACACUGUCGUCGUUGAAGCCAAGCCUUCGAAAGGAACAAAAAGAACGGCGAAACAGUUUUUAGUACCUGGACCUGGUUUGCAAAAUAAUCCUUUUGUUUCAUCUAUUAAUGGCGAUUGGGAUAGGCUCCAACAACAAAUCGCCAAUACUGGUGCUUGUUUUACCAGCAAAGGAGCAUUGGGAAGAUGCACCCCAUUCAGACAAUGCUAUCCCUACUUCAAGCUUCCCGAACUGAAUAACUGGGACACCUGGAUACUAGGGAUGUACGAUACUUGCAGUUAUUACACUUUGCAAGGACGACAAAUGUUCGGUGUAUGUUGCACAAAUCCAGUCACAUCCGAAGAGGUGCCUUCUACUACGUACCCUUCACCUACUCAGCCAACAAAUCCACCACCUGGGGAGAGCAUCAAGUACCCCCUUCAACAAGUUGAAAUAUCAUAUUGGCCUCCUACUCAUGCUCCACUUCCCACGCAUGGCCCCAACAAUACUAUACCCCCAUUACCCACCCACCCUCCAUCCACUCAAUAUACAACGCUUUCUACACUGUCAACCUCAUUCCGACCAACUUGGACUACAAAACCAUGGACCCAGAAGCCAAGCCAGAAACCAAAACCUCCCUCUAUAAAACCAACUCCAAAGCCGACGAGUCCACCAGCGAUUGGAGGUCCAAUUUCUCAAGCUGAAUGUGGGGCCAAGAAUGGAUACCAAGAUCAGGAGAGAAUUGUUGGUGGUCAUAAUGCAGAUAUCAAUGAGUGGCCCUGGAUAGCUGCACUUUUCAAUGGAGGAAGGCAGUUUUGUGGAGGGUCAUUGAUUGAUGACAUCCAUAUUCUAUCCGCUGCCCAUUGCGUAGCUCAUAUGAGUUCCUGGGAUGUUGCCCGCCUGACUGUACGACUAGGUGACCACAACAUCAAAACAAACGUCGAAGUGAAGCAUAUUGAGAAGAAAGUGAAGAGAGUUGUGAGACACAGGGGAUUCGAUGGAAGAACUCUGUACAAUGAUAUUGCGAUAUUGACACUCGAUAGUCCAGUGACUUUCACGCAUCAAAUAAGGCCUAUUUGUCUACCAACUUCUGGCAGUGAUUACGCUGGAACUACAGCUACAGUGAUCGGAUGGGGAAGCUUGAGAGAAAGUGGUCCUCAGCCUUCGGUACUUCAAGAAGUGAACAUUCCUAUCUGGAGAAAUAGUGACUGUAGGCUCAAAUAUGGCCAUGCUGCUCCAGGAGGGAUUGUGGACCACAUGUUGUGUGCUGGCCAGGCAGCUAAAGAUUCAUGUAGUGGAGACAGCGGUGGACCACUUAUGGUAAACACAGGACACAAGUGGACCCAAGUGGGCAUAGUAUCGUGGGGUAUAGGUUGUGGCAAGGGUCAAUAUCCAGGGGUGUACACAAGGGUGGAGAAGUUCUUACCAUGGAUAAACAAGAACUUGAAAUGAUGACUCUCUGAUCGAUAUCUACCAUUCUGCGAAAUAAAAAGAAAAAAUUCGAAGUAUUCCAAUACGAAUCUAAAAUUUGCCAUAAAUUCAUGUUAAUGUAAAAAUAUUUUGUCACGUGUAUUUAUUGAUUAUCGAUUAAAUUAUUAUAAGCGGAA